AUGGCUUACACUGGAGUAUCACCCAUUGAGAUUCCAGCCCUGGGCCGCCCUUUCCGGACAGGGAUGCUGUACGACUGCCGUAGCGACAUUCUCAUACCAGGUAUCACUUUAUGGGGCAUCGAAGCCCUCAAGAGAGAUGUGGAAACAAUGCCAAAUCCCAAGACUGAAUUCCAGAUCAUUACGUCUGACACCAUGGAAGAUAAGGCCUCUGCCCUCAAUCUGUCUGGGUCCCUGAAAGCCAGUAUCCUGGGUGGCCUGGUGGAAGUAGGCGGAUCUGCUGCAUUUUUCAAUGAUACUAAGAAAUCAAAAUAUCAUGCUCGAGUUGCUCUCCACUACUCAGUGACAACCAGGUAUGAGCAGCUGACUAUGAGCCAUCUGGGGACUGAGAACAUCUCUUAUCCUGCUGUCUUUGAUCAAGGUACCGCCACCCACGUGGUCACGGCUGUGCUGUACGGGGCUCAGGCUUUCUUUGUGUUUAAUCGGGAAGUUUCUUCAUCCGAGAAUAUGAUAGAAAUAGAGGGGAAAAUGAAGAUGAUAGUAGAAAAAAUUCCAAAGGUUUCAGGAGUAGCAGAAGGAUCUGGGGAAAUGAAGAACAAAGAAAUAGAAAAAACUGAAAAUCUCAGUUGCAAAUUUUACGGAGAUUUUGCUCUGGAGAACAAUCCGGUUACUUAUCAAGAUGCCCUGGGAGUUUACUCGACUCUCCCUAAGCUGCUUGGCGACUCUGGGGAAAAGGCUGUACCGGUGCGCGUCUGGCUGUACCCCCUGAGCAAGCUGAAUCCCAGAGCUGCUCAGCUUGUGCGUGAGAUCAGCUCGGUGCUGGUUGAUGACGCACAAAGUGCCCUGGAGCACCUGACCAAGUGUGACGCUGUACCGGUGCGCGUCUGGCUGUACCCCCUGAGCAAGCUGAAUCCCAGAGCUGCUCAGCUUGUGCGUGAGAUCAGCUCGGUGCUGGUUGAUGACGCACAAAGUGCCCUGGAGCACCUGACCAAGUGUGACGUCCGGUGCAACGACAUGGAGAAGGACAGAGCGGCUACAGCCUUUCCCGAGAUUGGGAGGAAAAUCCAGCUGUGCAGAGACUUGUGCAAACAGCACAGACAGAGCUUCCAGGAAGAGCUCGCGAGAACCUUGCCCUUGAUCCGUGGGGGCGACGCAGAGGAAGGGGCCCUGAUGGAGAUUUUAACCAGCAAGGAGCAGUCGCCAUUUGUUGCCCAGAGACUCAAUGAAUUUCUGGAUAAGAAACAGGAAGAGCUGGAUUUUGUCAGUUCUUACCUUGCUGAAUUGGAGGGAGUCGAAGUUGCCUGGCUUCAGACCUCACAUGCAGAGAAAACCCAUGAUCCAGCAUCAGCCAGUUCUGCAUGUGAAACCCCCAAAUCCAGUCACUGGUUUGAGGACAAAGAGGGAAACACAAGAGCUCGAGACUCUGUGAAUUUCUUCUCUGAUUUUGCCCGUGCCAAUGAAUCUAAUGGGAAGACCCGGUUCAUUGUGGCCUCUGUUCUAGACGAGGCCAAUCCAGGCGCUUCCAUAUAUGUGUAUGAAAACAGAGAGGUUAUGAGUACCAACUUUGAGCCUCCAUCAAAGCCCCGUCCUCCCUCAUGUGAUGGAGUCCGACAUGACCGUGUGCCCCUGAACCCAGCAGCCUAUGGCAGGGCUGAGAUAUGCGGCUACCGGGCAGAGUACAGACUUGUCGGGCAGGAGAACUGGGUGGCUGUGAAUGUCAGUAACACACAAGAGACACUAACAGUCACAGGGCUCCGUCCAAACAUCCAGUACCAGUUCCGCUACGCGGCUGUGAGCAAACUAGGGCUCAGCGAGAGCAGCGACAUGAGCGACACGGUAGAGGAAUCAAAGGUUCUAGUACAAGAUUUGCGGAGGAAGAGCACUCGGAUAGAAGAAGGGCAGCCCGCGGUGUGUGCACUGCCCAUAGAGAAGGGGUUUGAUUCUAACGCAGAACAUCCAAAGUACAGGCUGGGGAAGGAGACCCUGCAGAUCCCUAACAAAGUGAUUAUGGUGAUGGGAGCUACCGGGUCGGGGAAAACGACUCUCAUCAACGGGAUGAUCAACUACGUCCUGGGUGUGCAAUGGAAGGACGAAUUCAGGUUCCAGCUCAUCCAUGAGACCACAAACAGAAGCCAGGCUGAGAGCCAGACAUCUGAGGUGACGGCCUAUGAAGUUAAUCACACAAAGGGUUUCCAAGUCCCCUACUCUCUGACUAUCAUAGACACGCCGGGAUUUGGCGACACCAGAGGGAUAGAUCAUGACAAAGAGAUAAUAAGGAAAGUCCGAGAGUUCUUCUCCACCCCCGGGGCCAUUGAUCACAUCGACGCCGUCUGCUUUGUGGUUCAGGCCUCACUAGCUCGUCUGACCCACGCCCAGAAGUACGUGUUUGACUCGGUGCUCUCCAUUUUUGGGAAGGACAUAAAAGACAACAUCCAAAUCCUGGUCACUUUUGCCGAUGGGCAGCCCCCCCCUGUGCUAGAGGCCAUUAAAAUAGCUGAUGUCCCUUGUGCUAAGGAUGCUCAGGGCAACCCUGUGUAUUUCAAAUUCAAUAACUCUGCACUCUUUGCCUGUAAUGCUGAAGCUGAGAAGGGCAGCUGUAAUUUUGAUGAAAUGUUAUGGAGAAUGGGAGCCAUGAGCAUGCAGACAUUUUUCGGGGCUUUAUCGAAACUGGAAACCAGAAGUCUGACAUUAACACAGGAAGUUCUCAGGGAGCGGAAGGAGCUGGAGGCGGCUGUGGAAGGGCUGCAGCCACACAUCAAAGCCGGCCUGGUGAAGCUGGAAGAACUGCGGAAGACACGGGAAGCUCUGGAGCAGCAUAAGGGUGAUAUGGAGGCCAAUAGAAACUUUGAGUAUGAGGUGGAGAAAAUAGUGCCGGUACAAACAGACAUCUCUGAGACAGAUCGGUAUAUAACCAACUGCCAGAACUGUCACUUUACGUGUCACUAUCCCUGUAUGAUGAUUAAUGAUGCUAAUAAGGGCAGGUGUGCGGCUAUGGACAGGAACACAGGACGUUGCAGGGUGUGCCCUGGGAAAUGUGUCUGGAAUGUUCAUUUCAAUCAAAAGUACCGGUGGGAAUACAAACUAGUGAAAGAGAAACGGACCUAUGGACAACUGAAGGAGAAGUACGAGACGGCGUCUGGGGAGGUGCUAUCCACAGAGAGUGUGUUUGAGAAGCUGUCUCAGGAAUACGCUGCAGUGGAACAGAUAUUAAUGGAGUUUAUUAAUAAAUCAUCUUGCAGCCUCCAACGUCUGCAAGAAAUCGCUCUGAAACCCAACCCGCUGUCCACCCCGGAAUACAUUGACCUGCUGAUCAUGUCGGAGCAACAGGAACUGAAGCCUGGGUACCAGGAAAGAAUAAAAUCACUGCAGGAAGUGAGGGAAGUAGCAGAGAUAGUAAGGAAGAUUGCCAAUAAGGAGCCCCUGCUGCCAGGAGAACGGAAUCUGCACAAGAAGCUCCAAGAAAAAAAGGCUGCAUUCAAGAAAAUUAUGAAAAAAACAACAGAUCAGAUGCCCAAUAUGGGGACCUGCGCCUGGAAGGCCACCGAUGAUGCGUGUACUCGAAUAGAAUAG